CACAAGUUGAGCUUUAAAUUCAUAUGAUAUAGACUCUAUCGUACAAAAAAAAUAGUUAUACUGGACAACCUUUUUCACCCGCAAAAAAAUGGCAUUUCAAGGAGGAGCCGAUUGCUCGGCAGGAGCCAAUCCAAUGGCACAAAUGCUCAAACAAUUUAGUCAGGAUCGGUCGCUGCAAAGAGAUCGUUUCGCAGGGCCUUCGCAAGCCCAAGGACCUUCUACGAUCCGAACCACACGUCAAGGACCGGCUUUCCACCCGGAGGAUAGCAUGGUGAAUGAGUUCUUUGGUCAGGAGGCCCAGCGACCAGUAGGACCUGCUGGUUCAGUAGCCGGUCCUUUCCAGUUCACCGAUUUACAAAGGGAAUUGGAAGCCGUACAUCAACAAGGGCCCAUGACAGGUGGAUGGGCCAAUGAAUUUGACGCCGUUCAGCAAGGUCCUCGAUUGUGGGAAGUUAAUCCCGAAGAAGAAGCAGCCAUGGAGAAAGCAUUCCAAGAAAGUAGAAUGGCCGCUGGUCCCGUACACGCUGGUUCAGCCUGGCAAGAAGAGUUCAUCAACCAACCUGAUGUGGCCCAUAUCGAUCCUCAACAACAUGCAGAGUUUGAACAAGCUUUCCAACAACACUUUGACUGGGCCAAUGAUUUCGCAUUAACGCAAGACAAAGGUAAAUCCCGUGAAAUGAAUGGCGCCAACUGGGAGGAGCAAUUCGCCGCUUUCGAACCUCAGGUGGAAACGGAAGAAGCCAUGGCCCGAAAAUUGGAAGAAGCCGCCGCAGCUCAAGAUUUCAGCAGUUUCGAUUCCGUGUGGCGCGAUGUCACUGAUAUCCCACGUGGCGAAGAAAACUGGGACGACGAAUUCAACGAUUUUAAUAUCAAUGGAAAUAACUUGAUGUACAAGCCAGAUCUUGGUGAAUACGUAUUUGAAGUGGUGAAUCCUUUCUUACAGCAUGCCAACCCUAUGGCGGAAGGAAUGCGAUUACUGGAGCAAGGUGGUAGCUUGAGUGAAACGGCUUUGGCUUUUGAAGCAGUUGUACAAAAGGACCCGCUCAACUCGGAAGCCUGGAUGCACCUUGGUAAUGUGCAAGCUCAAAACGAAAAGGAAGAAGCCGCCAUUCGUGCUCUUGAAAAAGCCAUUGAAGUCGAUCCCAGCAAUGGCCCUGCAUUGAUGUCACUUGCCGUCAGUUACACCAAUGAAUCGUACGAUCAUGCUGCAUACCAAACCCUGGAACGCUGGAUCUCCGAAAAAUACCCUGAAUUGGUGGAUAAGUCGUUGCCCACGCCCGCUUCACCUUUUGAACUUCAUGGUCGUGUCACCGAUCUGUAUUUGGCAGCUGCACGGCAGGCUCCGGAUGGUCAGCUUAUGGAUCCUGAUGUGCAGGUCGGUCUUGGUGUUUUAUUCUAUGGCAGUGGCGAUCUCGAUAAGGCGGUGGAUUGUUUCGUGUCCGCCUUGAAAGGCAGACCAGAGGACUAUUUGUUAUGGAAUCGCUUGGGUGCCACACUGGCAAACAACGGCCGAUCUGAAGAAGCCAUCGAUGCGUAUCACAAGGCGUUGGAGUUGCGCCCAUCCUUUGUACGUGCACGUUACAACCUCGGUGUAUCUUGCAUCAACAUUGGAUGUUACAAGGAAGCUGCCGAACAUCUUUUGUCAGGUCUAGCGAUGCACAAACGAGGCGCCACGGAUGCCGAGGAGGGUGUGAAUGUGUCCAAUAACAUGUGGGAGAUGCUGAGGAAAUCGUUGUUUAUGAUGGAUCGACGAGACCUGGCUGAUAAGGCCGUUGCGGGAGCCGAUAUCAAUCAGUUCCGUGGGGAAUUUGAGUUUUGAAAAUAGAGAAACUGUACAAUAAUUCUCAUAGAAGAGAUUGCUGGUAAAUCUAUACGGAAACAUAUUUCAGAUCAAAUACUAUGGAUAAUCUAUAAAAAGAGAAACAAGCGACGCAAGUGUUCUUGCUGAUCGUUCCAUACAUAGGAGGGUAGACGGAUACUGUUUAGUAGUGUAGCUCAUGAAUUGAAAUGGGCAAUAACAUAAACAAGCGCUGAAGCUUAGUGUCUUU